AUGUCCGAUUCAAUGAAGAGCUCUCAAGUAGACACAUAUGUCAUCAAGGAAGCAAGCCAAUUAUCAGACGGGAGCAUUGAAGCGAUAUCAUGGCCGAAGACAGCUGGCGGGCCACAAGUUCGUGUGGUCAUCGACUCGUCGGAAGCCCUCCUGUCUUUUCUCGGAAGUCUGUCUCAAAAAUCUGGUGACAUUGUUUAUGUCAUUCGCCAAAACUACUCCUGGGACAAGCUGUCUGUGACACGAGACCUUCUCCUCCAUGUCCUCAAAACUCAUGGUGUUUUCUUACCAUUCCUUGAUUCUGUCAGCGCUUUCGGCUUCAAACUCCAUGACGACGACGAGACGUGGGAAGGAUACCACGAAGCGACCGUGUGGGAGGGCUCGGGCAACCAGAGGACGCUGGUCAGCCGCGAGAUCAGCUACACCUACCGAUAUUAUACUCGAAACGGGCGCAACGACGAUUCCGCAUAUACGCCGGCCUGGUUGAAGUUCCAAACUCUAGGACAUGCAACUCUGGAGAAACCCGGAAUGGGAGCUUUGCACAUGGUAUUUCUGAACGAGGCUCUUGAGGGCUGGAAGGGCUUCAUUACAGAGUUGAGGCUUACGCUGAACGACUUGGAACUCCAGUCGUCGGUGAAGUACUACGAAAGUGUGAUCCGCAGUAUGAUAGACACCUCGGCGAGCACAGCAGCACUUCUCGCCCAAAUCCCGUACUUUGUGCUUAUUGAGAAUCUUGGAAGCAGCAGCAGCGCACUACAGGCCAGUAUUAUAGAUCUUCGAAACAUCGCCGCCACUGUGCAAACCGGGAACGAAGACAUGCUGGGGUUGGCCAGGGAGAGCCGCAAAGACUCUACAAAGGUUAAGACAUUGACCUUCAUCAGUAUCUUUUACUUGCCAGCCACACUUUUAGCGACUAUCUUUGGUUCCGACCUUGUACAGCCCAUGCAUUUCUGGGUUUAUGUGUUGGCCACUGUGAUAGCCACGAUCCUGACGUUAGCAGUGCCGAUAUAUCUCGAGCGAAAGCACAAUCCGAGACUAUGGGCUAAUAUACUGUCGGCCGUGGUUGGCACUGGCCCUGCAGGGUAA